AUGGAAAUCGCUUAUUGCUUGCAGUACCUGUGCGAGAUUUGUGAUUUGCUCCGCACUGAAAAUCAUGAACGUCAAUUUUCAGAAGCACUACUACGAAAACGCUCCAUCUUGCCUUACCAAUACCAUGUGCGAGUGCUGGAGUUGUUGAUAAUACUAGCGUUUGCCCCAAUAGAAGCCAUACGAUUGUCAUGGGGUACACGAGGAAAUCUGACAGAAACGCCCGCAUUUCUGGCAUUCUCGGUACUUCUUUCUGUUCCCAUUAUACUAAUUCACGUCUAUCUAGCUAUAUUCCAAAAUUUUGUUCUGCUCAUUGAAGCUGUCAUCGUUGGAAUAAGUGGAGUAUUGGUGAUCAUUGAAACAAUUGCCGGUCUUGCCUUGUGCGCCACACUUUCAAAGUAA